GAGAGGGGAGGGACCUCAGUGUGGCGCACAGCAGCGGUGGGCUCGAGGCUCUGGCACGGAGAGCACUGACUGAACCUCUCGGACUAUCCCCGCAGACUCUCCUGGAGGCUGGAGCUUUACCCGGGCGUUACAGGGUGUCAGAGUUCCGCAGGGAAAGACAGAAGGAGAACCCGAGAAGGUACCGCGACCUCGCUUAUUCAGAUCCGAUCUCCUCCCUUGUGGACAUGAGGCCUUCCCGAGGUCCUCGCGUCUGAGCCCAGCGGGGCGGCGGGUGGGGGGGGGGGCGGUAGCAGCAGCAGCUCCGGGACAUGGCGGACCGGGAGGGUCCGGUCGUGGCCCCCGGCCCGGUGCAGGUGGAGGUGGACUACGACUACGAGUACAAAGCCAAGGACAAGACGGUGAAGAUCCGGCAGGGCGAGAGCUACCUGCUGGUGAGGAAGACCAACGAGGACUGGUGGCAGGUGAGGCGGGAGGAGGGCGCCCGGGCCUUCUACGUGCCGGCGCAGUACGUCCGGGAGGUGCGCCGGGCGCUGCUGCCCCCCCAGAAGCCCCCCCCCAGGGCCAAGCCCGCCGGCCUGGACGUCCGGCGCGCCUCUGACGACGACAACCUGAACCGGCCGCCGCAGCCCGAGAUGUCCAGCUUCGGCCGCCCCUCGCCCUCCUCCACGCCCUCGCCCUCCUCGGACCGCGUGACCCCGCCCGCCCUGGCCAAGGACGCCAACCACAACUUGGGCAGCCCCCACCACUGCAAGAUGGUGGCGGAGCUGGUGCUGCUGCACAACAACAACAACCACCACCUCCACCACCACCACCACCACCACCACCUCCUCCACCUGGGCAACGCCUCCAGCUCCACGCUGCCGCGCACGCGGGCCGACUCGCCGCCGCCGCCGCUCCGGGCCCCGGCGGGGGGGGGGCACCUGAGGGCCGCCAACGGCGACCGGAUCCCCCUGUCGGACGAGGGGUCCGGGGACAAGACCCGGGUGGACUCGGAGUCCGGGGACGAGCUGAGCAGCAGCUCCACCGAGCUCAUGCAGGUAUGUGUCCGUCCCGGGGAGUGCCGCCAGACGGGGGGGAUUGAUUUUGGGGGGGGGGGGGUCCGGGGGUCCGCUGGCUGUGUCUCUAUCUGCUUGGGGGGCAGGUCCAGAUCUUCCCGCCGUGAUUGGCUCGUGCGUCGCCGCUGUGUUCCAUCACGGACCCCUGUGGUCCAUCACAGACCCCCGUCUCCGUCUGAAGCUCAAACUCUUUAGGUCGGCAUGGGGCUCAGCGGGUAGAGUGUGUGGGCUGGUAGCCGGAAGGUUGCUGGUUCGAUCCCCUGCUCCUCCUAGCCGAGGGUCGAGGUGUCCCUGAGCAAGGCACCUAAACCCUCACCUUGCGUGGGUGACUCCGCCGUCGGUGUGUGAAGCGCUUUGAGUCGCCACUGGUUAGCGUCGUAUAUGUACAUGCAGUCCGUUCACCAUUCAACUCUUCAUCCGCUUCGUUGGUCAAACGGCGACAGCAGGCACAACGGCUCGCAGUACUGCAGCAGCUUGUGUUGGCUCUCGCCGGGCUGCGUCCGGGCUGAGGUAGGGAUGCCCUACGCUCGCCUCAGACGUUGUGCUGCUGCUUCUGCUGCUGUUCUCGGGCCGCUGCAGUCUGAUCAUCAUCACAGGCCAAGUGGUCCGUUUACGACUCCAGUGGUUACUGGGGGUGGGGUUCUGUCGGAUAACUGGGAGUGUGGGCGGGGGGGCGUCUGGCCUCGAGACAGGUUCCGUCUCGAAGCUAUGCGCCGGUGUCAACGCCUUACUCUACCUCUGUCCUCUGAUACUGAGCCUCGUCUCGAGGCAGGCAGGUGGUCGCUAGUUGCUAUAAAGCUUGUUGCUAUAAAGCUUGUUGCUAUGAAGCUUGUCGCUCUACUCUGGAGAAGCCCUGAGAGCCGUUUCUAUUGACUUCUAUUGAUUGAAGCCAGUCAGAAAAGUACCAGUCUGUGUUUAAACCCCAGGGAUUAUCUUUAAUGGACACCCCCCAUGGUGAGGGUAUGGGUCCCGUCAGCCUGUCGUGGAGUGGGGGCUCUGGACCUCAGACAGUGAGGGUAUGGGUCCCGUCAGCCUGUAGGGGGGGACAGGGUCUGGACCUGAGUCCACAACCCGGUCUGUGGCGCAGGUUUCAUCAGGGGCCCUUCCGAGGAGCAGGGGCUUCUGGGUAAUGUAUUUCUCAGGGCUCCAGCAGA